CAUAAUAAUUAUUGUCUUGUGUUUAUUGAUAAUACUACUAUAAACUUUCUAUAUGAUGUUUCGGUAAUUAUGAAAGAAAAUAUGGAAUUAUUGGAAGAAGAACAAUGUUUACAACAGUGUGAAAAUUAUAUUCAAAGUCAUAAUGUUCAGUUAAUAUUAAAAGACUGUAUUGUACAACUUUGUUUAAAUAAGCCUGAGAACCCUGUGACUUUUCUCCGUCAGUAUUUUCAAAAACUCGAAAGAGAACAAGUAAAAGCUGCUGCUGCAGCUGCUGCCACUUCAGAAGGUGAAGCUGAUGGAGAAUUGUCUCCACUUCCAGUUCUAGGAGGGCAGUUGCCACGUAGACGUGGAGGAAUAAGUGCUGAGCCAGUUACAGAAGAAGAUGCAACUAGUUAUGUUAAAAAGGUUGUGCCAAAGGACUACAAAACUAUGGGUGCAUUAUCAAGGGCAAUUGCAUCAAAUGUAUUGUUUACACACUUGGAUGAAUCAGAGAGGGCGGAUAUGUUUGAUGCCAUGUUCCCAGUGCAGUGCCUAGUUGGAGAGAAGGUGAUUCAGCAGGGUGACGAAGGCGACAACUUUUAUAUCAUAGACUCAGGAGAAGUUGAGGUUUUAGUGAACGGGGAAGUUGUGACAACGAUCGGCGAGGGCGGCAGUUUCGGUGAACUGGCGUUGAUUUAUGGAACACCCCGAGCAGCCACGGUUCGGGCGCGAACUCCGCUCAAGCUGUGGGGCCUUGACCGCGAUUCUUACCGGCGAAUUCUCAUGGGCUCCACGAUACGGAAACGGCGAAUGUAUGAUGAGUUUUUGUCCAGAGUAUCUAUUCUUGAAAGCCUGGAGAAAUGGGAGCGUUUGACAGUGGCGGAUGCUCUCGAGCCGGCGUCGUUCAAUGACGGUGAGAUCAUCGUGAGGCAGGGCGAACCCGGGAACGACUUCUAUAUAAUUGUUGAAGGUACAGCGGUAGUGCUGCAACAGCGCGCGGGCCCGGGGGCGGGGUCGAGUGGGGGUGAGGCGGUGGAAGUGGGGCGACUCGGCCCCUCCGACUACUUCGGUGAGAUAGCCCUCCUCUUGGACCGACCUCGGGCAGCCACAGUGCGAGCUGCAGGCCCGCUCAAGUGCGUCAAACUGGACCGCGCGAGAUUCGAACGUGUGCUAGGAUUAUGCGCCGAUAUACUUAAACGUAAUAUAGCUCAAUAUAAUAGUUUUGUCUCACUUUCUGUGUAGUGACAUGUUGUACUACGAUCCAGUAAGCAAGGUCUUCCUUCAGCAAAUGUUUGACUCAACAAGAUUUACAAUAUAUUUAUUAUAUAAAAUGCCAAUGUUCGUACGUAUGUCCACGGCUUUCUCUAUCAUCCGCAACUUCGAUCAAAUUCCCGUUGGUAUGGCAAAUAUCCCUCGGUCCCCUGGUGUGUCUAAUAAGGGAGUUUGGUCGGGAUGGGUGGAAGUGGGUGGUUGUGGGUGGCAAAAAUGUGAAAUUAUAUAAAUCUGUCCUUCUCUAACUAAUGUGAACUUCUGAAAAUCUCGGGAAUGAUCUAGAAAGUUCUAAGACUUUCUGGAAUGAUCUAGAAAGUUCCAAAAUGUGUACAAUUGAUGACAUUGCUGCUAAAACGUUCUAGAAAAUUCAAAAAAUUUCUGUUUUAUUGUAUUUGUAAUAAGAUGAAUAAAAUUUAAUUUAUUUGAUUUUAAAAUUUGCCCAACGAAGCGGGCGGGAACGGCUAGUUUGUUUUUAUAAUUUUCAAACUACACAAAUGAAAUUGGAAAAUAAAAUUUAUGAUCGAUGCGGCCUCGAAGCCGCGAGACAUUUUAUUUUUGCUGUUUAAUAAAUAACUACUAAUAUUAUAAGUGUGAAUGUAAGUUGUUUGUUACGCAUUUACACCGGAGCUACUGAACCGAUUUUAACCAAAUAUCAUUAUUUGGUGCAGCGAUAGACUGGAGAUUGGGAAAGGACAUUUUAUACCUGAAAAAAUCCAUGAUUCCCGCGCGGCUUGUGGAAAACUGAAAUUCACGUCGAUGAGAUAUAACUAUACCAAUAGUAGGUUUAGUUUGCCAUAGCAAUCUUCCUCGAAAUAAGAUUCAUAUUAUAUGUUGGGAACGGGAGUGAAAACGGGAACCGGAACUGGAAUAGGACAUGGGAUUCAUAUCUUAUCGUAAAUCUUCAAUUCCAAACUUGCUUAUUAUUUUUAAAAACCCUUUAUCUACGCGGACGAAGUCGCUGGUAUCAGCUUGUAUUAUACUAAAAUUAUUUGUGUGAGUAAAUAAUGUCCGGUCAAACAUUGUGGCGGAGAGAAUAGGGGAACAUUCAUGUACUUAAAUAACAUUAGGACUUAUACAACAUUUUAUCAAUAAGUUAUAUAAACGGAGAAACGAAUUAUUUCUAUAUAAUAUAUUUUGGCAGUUCAGAGAGUUAAUGAUUGCACGCAUUUUGAACCAUUCCAUUGUGUAUGAAAAUUAUUAUCAUGUCAAAUAUUUAAUUGAAUGUUCCUUAUUAUCACGCUACUCACGUUUUGUCGGAGCUGGUACUUACAGUUUCGGACUAUUCCGUAGUCCUACAUCAGGGUGAGUGUAGUGGGUUCGCGACAACUUCCCGUCUCUUACUGCCACUGCGAGGUGUUGCUGUCUAAUUUUCGUACAUUGCAAAUGUGCUCGCAUAGAAUUUCGUAGACACCAGGGGUCUGCAUGAUAUGAAGGGCAGAGCAUGCCCUAAACUCCGACACGUCACAUUAUAUUAGGUUCGAUAGAGUGAAAUUAUUGGCUCGCGAUAAAAACUUUGUGUCUCGCAAGCUGCUGGAAGCCAUAGAAAUCGAACGUCGACCUAAUUUUAAUAGAGACAAGGGUUGGGCUUAGCCACCUACAUGGAUACCAGUGUUACAAAACGCAUCUCGCACUAAGACCCAUAGUGCCAAUAAUCACGUAGUGGACAUUGUGAGUACAGUGCACCCGUGGACACCAAUAGUGAUACACUGUCAGUGAUACCGUGCUCGUCAUCACCACCUGCGCCCCUUCAAUGUCCAGCCGCGCUCUACGAGCACAAGUCCGCAGUAUGAGACGAGACGUUAUCGCGAACACACUACACUCACCCUGAUGAAGGACCACCGAAUGGUCCGAAACUAGUCGGUACCCACACCGAUAAAACGUGAGUAAAGCCGUAUUAGUAAAUAAGUAAAUAAUGUCUCACGAAAGUUUUAAUAAUUUAAUUGAAUGUUCCUCAUCAACGAUGCGGAUGUAUGAGUGCUUCCCUAAACAUUUUUUAAACUACCCACGAGUGCCACAGUAGGCUUUAUUUAUUAGGUUACAUAAUAAUAUAGAAGAGAGAUUUAUUUAUCCACUUGACUCCUUUUGGAUACUCCACUUCCUACCUAACGUUUUGAUUAGAAUGUGUAUUUUCAAGCUUUUGCGAUUAAAUCAUUUCUGUUAUAUAUGAGCUUAUGCAUACAAUUAACAGUUAUAUUUUAUUGAGUUAUUUUUUCUUUAUUAGUAGUAAUAAACGUAUCGCUAAACUUUUUGGCACGUGAAGUCUUAAUAUGAUAGAGCAGUAUUGUCGAUAUUGCGCGCUCGCUCACUCAUAUCAGUCCUACAGAAAUGCUGUCGAAUGUAGAUAUAAAAACUGUUUUCAUAAUAGAAAUAUUUAUGAUUUUAUGUGCCACACAUUUUAGCAGUAUGAUUAUAGUUAGAUUCUUUGUUAUUAAUAUUAUGUUAUAAUAAUAUGAAUGUUAAAUAAUUUUAAAUGAAAUGUUUAGUUAAUUUAAGUAUUAAAUAGUACAUUGUGAUACAAGGGUGGAAAGUAGAUUAUUACCAACGAGCUCUCAUUGACAAGCCCCAGCCGAAGGCGAGGGUUUUUAAUGUCACUGGUCUAUAUUAACCUACACACCCGAAUAUCACUCAACUUUUUUCAAAACAGUUGUGGGAAAUAGCGAAAAAUAAAUCAAAGAAUUAAAUAGGUAUGUUUAUUUCAAUAUACUUUCAGAAAAUGGCGCGUUUUUACAACUGGACUUUUUUUUAUAACGAAAUUAGGUGAUGGGAUCGUACGCAUUACAGCCAAUUCUAUUUUCGACAAAUGUUACUGUGAAAAUAAUUAAGUUUUAAUUGUUAUCUGAUUACAUAUAAUAAACAAACAUUUAAAUUAAUUUUGAAAAUUUAAUGCUAAGUCGUACGGUCUCAUUCAUUUUGCCUCGUAAAAAAACUAUCCGAUUUUUUUCUCUGUAUGAACUUGCUACAUUUUUUUUAAAUUGACUUAUAAAUUUAAAAGUUAACUGUAAAAGCAAAGAGAAUGUAAAUACUACGGAAUAAAAGGCGGGGCUGCCAAAGUAAAAUGAAAUUAACUAUGAAACGUGCAGUUCGAUUUGACAAUAGUAAUUACAAUAUGGCCACGAAGUAUAAUCCGGUUAAGUUUGAAAGCGAACAGUUGCUAAAAACGUAGUGGAUUUCGGUUCUCUGUUUCUUACAAGAUUAUAGCCGUCAUCUGUCAAUCACUGCACGUUUCGAUACAAUCGAGUGAUUCGUUUUUUUCUUAGAGAGUUUCGCGAGGCUGUGUAAAAGUUUGACCGAAUUUGUCGCCAUCAUAAUUAUAGCCUCUGAAAGUUCAUGUUUAACAAUUAGGUACGCCAUCUUUAACGACUGUAUUAAAAAUAAAAUAAUGUAAUUGUAUUAUUAGUCUGGUGAGUGUAGAUUGUGAGUGUUGCAUAAUUAUUAACUUAUUUGGAAUCUAAAGCUAGCUGUUAGAAGUUUGUUCCCAAAUUACAACUGUAUUGCUAGACUGUAGAUAUAUCUCCUCGUUCCCAUCCAAUCUUUAGACAAGUAAGGGGGAAAGUACGACGUUUUUGUGAGCCGUUGUUACCCCGCGUCAAGUAAUUUGUCGCUUCAGGUGUUUCAGCGUGUACCUAUUACUACUGCCUUUAUAAUACGAUCGAAUGUAAAUAUAAAGAUGAAAUAAGAAAAUACCAGUGAACUGAUGGUAUAUGAGAGAGGCAGUGGAUCGAUGCCUUGGAGAUGUGGUGCUGGAGGCGUAUGUUGAGGAUACCUUGGACGGCCAAGCGAACAAAUGUGACGAUCCUCUCACACCUCAAGAUAAAAACCCGUCUGUCCACGAUAUGCCACCAACGAAUUGUUUCGUAUUUUGGCCACAUAAUGCGAAGGGGAUGAUCGUAGUUGGGAACACAAAUGGCAAGCGAGCCCGAGGCCGAUCUCCUACCAGAUGGACCGACCAAAUAAAAUUAUCCAGGUCCCCGAGUUUAGCUCCGUCGUCAGGGCCGCGAUGGAAACAAAUAGGUCACUCAUAGUCUAGACCACUUGUUGAUGACCACGAUCCUCGGUCAUAAGGGAACGAACUAGAGAGAGAGAUGGUAUAUGAUCACCGCGGGUCAUACUCUUGUAACACUAGACAAAUCACAAGUGUUGCAGACCUCAUAAACCGGCGAAUAAACGUACAUAAUUCGAAAAAAAAUUACGUGAUGAAUGUUGUCAUCUGUUAAGUAAGCUAGGUCAAAACUAAGUAUGCCGUAGCACAAAUUAGGAGGUAAAAAAUAUUGUAGUUGGUAGAGCUUUUUUAGGCCAUGAUUAUAAAGAUUUUCAAGAACAGUUUUCAAGAAAAAAAUUCGAACCUAUUACGGGUAAAUCAUGUAAAUGAAACGCUCUAUCAACUACAACAUUUUUUACCUCCUAAUUUGUGCUACGGGAAUCGGGAUACUAAGUCCAACCCGAAAGCUAAAAUAGUGGGAAACCGCUAGUUUGACUAAUUUUGUGAAACAUCUACAGUCUGGUCAAAACGAGAUUAAGUUCAAACCCAACAACAAGUGUGGGGAAAAUUAUAAAUAAAAUCGAAGAAAAUAUUUUACAAAUUUGUACCACCGCAUGUAAACUGAUUAGGACUCUUUGGAAUAUAUUCCCGAACGGGUCACAUUGACAGUAUUGUCUUUUGGCAACAAGCGAAUUAUUAUUCAGUUGUAUUUGCAAAUAUAUUCAGAGUUUACUUCAUGUUUUGUUUCAACCUCAUGCUUUUUAAAAGAUUUAUGAAAAGUCAGCAAUAAAUAUCA